AUGCAGACCUUCCGCUAUGCCUACUUCCCCGCCGACGUCUGCACCGUCCACGUCGCCCUCUUCGCCGACGUCGCCAAUGCUGCUGCGGUCCGUGCGCGCAUUAUCCGUGCGAGCAUCACGGAGGGGCAGGAGGGCGAGCACGAGCGUGAGGCGGUCAACUUUGCAUUUGUCGAUGCCCGCCUGAUUUCUAGUCCACUGCACCUGCAAACUGCCAUAGUGCAAGCAAUCCUUGCGCAUGUACAGGGUACCCUCCGCACCAAGACUAUUCACUCGGAGAUCCUCUGGGCCCUCAGUCCCAACAACAACAUUACCGAAGCCAUCCGGCGGUUUGGUGUAUCUGAUAGCACGACCGCACUCCUGGUCAUCCGCAUUGCGUCACCAGAGUUCGCACCUGAGCGCGUGCUUACAAGCAUGCAGGCCGUCGUGUCAGGCAGUCUUGUUUCCAUUACCAGAUUGCGAGAAAUAACGGACUGGACGGCGAUCAAGAAGUAUUAUAGGGUGGACGCCGAUCCUGCCAUCAAGGUGCAGGGCAUGGAUUCUGAGAAGGAACGCGCGGUCGUGAACGAAAUCGUCGUGAGCGCUGUUGCGAUGAAGAGCGUCAUG